AUGAGUGGAAGCGCACCUCGAGGGGGGCGUGGUGGAGGAGAUAGAGGUGGAGGAAGAGGCGGCGCCUUUGGAGGAUUUCGUGGAGAUCGUGGCGGAGGAGGGGGUGGUGGUGGACGCGGCGGUGGUCGUGGUGGGGGUGAUGGCGGCGGUGGCCGUGGUUAUGGUGAUGGCGGUGGCCGUGGUAGAGGUAGGGGUGGGUAUGACGGCGGUCGUGGUAGGGGCGGCUUUGGUGGAGACACAAUAUUCAGCCAGGGAACCGCAGCUAUCGACCCAAAAGUCACUGCUGCCGAGAAUGGACUUAUUGCAUCCGUUCAAGCACAAAAGCUGAAACCGAAAGGCGAUUUCGAUUUACCAUUGCGUCCAGAUUAUGGUACCAUAGGCGUGCAGACCUUGGUCCGAGCGAAUCAUUUCCCAGUAGCUAUCCCAAAAACUACUUUAUUCAAGUAUGAUGUGGGUAUGCAACCGGAAAUAAAAAUUAAAAGGAUGAAGAAAAGAGUCUUCCAAAUUUUGGAGAUGACUGUCUUCAGUUCACAACAGAAUAUAAUUGCUACCGAUUAUUCAAAGACAAUCAUAACUCCAUCCCGUCUCAAGAUCGAGAGCGACAGAUUGCAAGUCGAGAUUACUUACUACGAUGAGGGCCAGACCAUCACUGAAAACAGUAGAAAGUAUAUGGUGACGAUCCAGCUUGUUCAGUUGAUUGAUCCCGGCGAGUUUCAAAAGUAUGUCGAUGGCAACAACCGCGAUUUUGACCCACAAAGCGCCAUCCAGGCACUCAAUAUCAUACUUUCUAAGGCGCCCACCAAUGACCCUGCAAUUAUUCCUAAUGGGAGGAGCAAAUUCUUUGUGAAUUCGGAUCCUCGACCUCUGGGGAGAGGCCUUGUGGCCUUUCGUGGAUACUACUCCUCGAUUCGCCCGUCGAUUAGUCGUAUUUUAUGUAAUGUCAACGUUUGUAUGACAGCGUUUUAUAGGCAAACCGAUGUUGCAACCCUUAUGUACGACUUCACUGGGGCUCCUUCCGGCGCGACAUUACCGUCACAUAUCUUUGGGCGGUUGGGAGGUUUCCUGAAGCGUCUUCGGAUUAGCACCUGUCAUAUCAUGGGGGCUAAUGGCAAGCCAAAAGUACAGGUCAAGGCCAUCAUUGGGAUUGGACAUGGAAGGGCAGCCAAGGAUAUCAGGUUUACGUGCGAGGAGUGGGGGAAGGAGGUUUCUAUUCCUGAAUAUUUCAAACGAAAGUAUAAUAUAACUCUCAAACAUCCCAACCUUCCGUGCGUGGAUGUUGGCACUAAGGAUAAGCCGAUUUUGAUGCCACCUGAAGUCGCAACGGUGCUUCCGGGCCAAGCCUACGGGAAUAAACUCAUGGAUGAGCAAACGGCGAAUAUGAUUACCCAUGCCUGCCGAACUCCGAGGGAAAAUGCUGGGUUCAUUGUUGGGGAGGGCCUUAGUAGUCUUGGGUUGAACCCUCCAACUCCACACUUAGGCCCAUUUAACAUCCAAGUGUCGACGGAAAUGAUAACAGUGCCUGCCAGAAUUCUCGCUCCACCCACAAUCAAAUAUGCCACUUCGACAAUGGCCGUAACCGGGGCAAGCUGGAAUUUGAGGAAUGUCAAGUUUGCCCAAGGUGCCAGUACUGAGAAUUUUGCAGUUAUUGUCAUCGAAGAGGCCGGUGGCCGAGCCCAAUUCCAGCCAGGCUCGGAUUGGAGUGGAGUUGCUGCAAACUUCAGAGAGAUGUGCAACAAAUCUGGGAUGAGGGUUGGCGCUACUAGUCCUCAACUGAUGAAGUCUGUCAGUCUUCCACAUCCAAAUGAACGUUCCACUACUACCCUCGAGAAGGCGAUUUCACCUGCGUUUGCCCAUAUACAAGCCAAAAAACCAAAAAUCAUCUUGAUAUUUUUGCCCACGACAGACAAAGCUGUGUAUUCAAUGGUGAAAUACCUGGGCGAUGUCAAGUACGGUAUCAGCACAGUCUGUGCUCAAUCCUUCAAGAUUAGCAAGAUGAGCCCCCAGUACAUGGCCAAUGUUGCGCUUAAAUUCAACCUGAAGCUCAUGGGAAGAAACCAUGGGCUACCACCUACAGAUCUCGGGAUGUUUGCUGAAGGCACCACUAUGAUUGUUGGAUGCGAUGUCACCCACCCUUCCCCUGGAAGUUUGAAGGGAACACCGUCUAUUGCCGGAGUAGUGGCUAGUGUUGAUGCGCAUUUUGCGCAAUGGCCAGCCUCGCUAAGGCUUCAGGAAAGCCGCAAGGAGAUGAUAUCUGGCUUGAAAGAAAUGAUGGUCGAACGCCUUCAACGUUGGAACUCUGUUAACGGGAAAUUCCCACAAAGGAUCAUUGUUUAUCGGGAUGGUGUUUCAGAAGGUCAAUUCCAAACUGUGAUCAAGGAGGAGCUCCCGUUGAUCCGUGCAGCAUGCCAACAAUGUGGAGAUAGUAAAUAUAGGCCAAAGAUCAGCAUCAUUAUUGUGGGGAAAAGGCACCACACCCGUUUCUAUCCCACGGAUAAAGACAAGGCGGACAGACUCGGAAAUCCUGCGCCUGGAACUGUUGUGGAUAGGGGUGUCACUGCUGUUUAUGAUUUCGACUUUUACUUGCAGGCACACUCCGGUUUGCAGGGGACAACUCGCCCGGCUCAUUACUAUGUCAUUCACGACAAGAAUGAAUUUAAAUCCAACCAAUUGCAGACACUGACCCACAAUCUCUGCUAUCUUUUUGGUCGUGCAACCAAGUCUGUUAGUAUUUGCCCACCAGCGUACUACGCAGAUCUUGUCUGCGAGCGCGGCAGAUGCUACAUCUAUGGCUUACUCAAUGCCCCCGAUACCGCGAGUCUUCAUAGCUCGAAUAGCGAUGAAGAGGCCGCUGCUAAUUUUAAGAGGGCAAGGGAUUUGUGGGGCAAUGGACCUCAUCCUAACCUCCUCAAUACGAUGUAUUACUUGUAG